AUGGGAACGUUUGGAAACAAUCAGAUGAUACAGAUUCAGUCGGGAAUGUCUUUAUCUUUUGCGAAUACAGUGAAAACUGGAUCAUUUUCUAGCUUCAUGCGUUCAACUCCAGUUACAAAGGUUUUCGAUUUUAUAAAAGCCAUAGCUACUAUCGUUGACGUUGUUCUCAAUAUUUUCGGAACGAGCGAAUCUCCAGAAUUGCAGGAAAUAAAAAAGUUAUAUCAGCAAAUGAGUGAGCGUUUUAAUAGCGUUGAUAUCAAGCUUAGAGAUCUUGCAAGUCAAAUUAAAUGGACAACGACUGAACUUCAGUUUGGGCCAGUGGAACAGAAUAUAAACUCAAAUUUUGAACAACUACAACACAUUUAUAAUCUGCCUUUGACCUUAAAAGAUAUUGAAAAGAAACGUUUCAUGGCAUCCUUUAAAAGCACAUGUUUAAAUUGUGCUUCAAAUCUUUUCCGUGGAAUUCUUGGAACAGAUACGAUAUUUACAGGAAGUAUCUUAAAAAAAGCGAUAACAUCAUUCAAGUAUGACCGACGGAAAUCGCAGAACUUUCUGAUUGGAACAUUACAGUUAUUAACAAAAGCAGUUGCCGCUGAACUCAUAUAUGAGCGUUUUGAGUACGGUGAAAACUAUUUUCAAACACAUCAAGUUGAAUGGACAGUCAGGAUGCGAAAUGUUACCGUCCUGAUGCAGUCUAUCGACCAAGAGGUAGUGAGUAAGUGGUAUGAUCAAGCUAGCAUUGAUACUGAUGAUUUAUCCGUGAAGCAUUAUGGACUUGGUAAUCAGAACUUUUCAGUCAUCCUUUAUAAUUUUCUUCAGGAAAAAUACUAUUGGCGAGAUUGGCUUGUAAUAGUGUACAAUCCUAUUUGGGGAAUCAAAACGCACAUUAAUCAUGUGUGUGACGGGUACCGAAAAUAUGGUGUGCACGGAAGAAACGUUGCUAUAGCUACUGUUGAUAAAUCAAAACCAGCAAUUAAUAUGAAAGAAUCUGCCGAAAUAAUUAUGAAAACGGGUUAUUCAUCAUGCAAUCAGUAUAUCCAAGCAAAUACCGUUUACAACGGAAUUGACGUAAAAACUAGAACAUGUAGUUUGUACGGUUCAGUCGGCGCAAUAUCUUCGAGUGAGGAUGUAUGGUUCCAAAGUCCCUCGGAAAGAUUAAUACAUACACCGCUGGGAUAUGGAGAAUACACAGUUUAUGUUUUUGGUUGA